UAUAUAAUAAUUCCCCUCUCUUCAUUAAAUUGAUCAGAUAAUAAUAAUGCUUUGCACAUAGCACAAAGAGAUAAAAGAGAGAAAGAGAACAAAAUCACCAAAUUAAACACAAAAACCCUUAAUCAUUCUCUUAAAGGAAAAAAAAAAAAAAUCCAAUCAUCAUGACUGGUUUUGGAUCUCCUUGUGGAGCUUGUAAAUUCUUGAGAAGAAAAUGCAUUAAUGGUUGUAUAUUUGCACCUUAUUUUUGCCAUGAACAAGGAGCAACUCAUUUUGCAGCUAUUCAUAAGGUUUUCGGGGCGAGUAAUGUCUCUAAGCUUCUUGCUCACCUCCCCGUGACUGAUCGGUGUGAGGCGGCCGUUACAAUCUCUUAUGAAGCUCAAGCAAGGCUUCAAGAUCCCAUCUAUGGAUGUGUUUCUCAUAUUUUCGCUCUUCAACAACAGGUGGUUAGUUUACAAGCACAAUUAGCUACCUUGAAAGAAUUACAAGCAUCAUCAUCAUCAUCUCAUGGAUCGGGAACAGGAAUAGGAAUAGGAACAAAAAACCCUAAUAACGAAAAGUUUUGCAGAAAGGUUGAAUCUCAAGAAGACGACGACAACACUAACGAUCAUCGAUACGAUCAUCAUGGUCACCAUCAAUAUGGUUGGUUUGAUCAAAUGGCACAGAGUGGUAGUAGUGCUUCAAACUACUCAGGAGCAGGGUCAAAUAUGGAGUAUAAAAUUCAAAACCCUAAUGAUUAUAUUAAUAUCCCAAAUAUUAAUUAUGAUGAUAAUCAUAAUAAUAUGAUGAGUUAUGGGAGAUUUGAUGAUCAUGAUCAAGAGAUGACUACUACUAAUAAUAAUUCCAACUUUUCCAUGUCUUGUUUUGAUCAAAUGCAACAGAAUUAUAAUAAUGUGAUCAGGCAGCCAAUAUGGGGGGAAUAUUAUUAUUCAGAUGAUCAUGAUCAGCUUCAAUCAAUGGUCCAGAAUGCAUCAUAAUCAAGAUUAUCAUCAUGAGAUGAUUGUUGUGAAGAAGUCACUUUUAUUUCUUCCAUUAAUUUUUGAUGAUUAAUAAUAUAUAUUAUAAUGCUAUUCAUAUCAAUGAAAAUGCUCUGAUGAAUUUAAUAUAUAAUAUAUAUAUAUAUGCACUUUUUUUGGUUGCUAUAUAAAGUAAAUUAGCUCUCAAUAAGAACCCUAGAAAUUAUAAUGUUUGUAUAUAUAGAAGUACUACUGGAAACCCUAGCUAGGUACUAUAGUGAUCUUUGGAGAAAGAAUAAAUAUAUUGUAAUUCUCUGACAACUUCAGAGUAUAAGAUCUCUUUCUC